GGAAACUUCUCGGAUGACUCUUGGAAAGUUUUCCCCUACCCCAUGACGCCAGAGACCGAGAGAGCUUAUUAUAUUGACAGCCCUCGCUCAGAUCCAAGCACACCCAAAGCAAACUUCCCUGAGAGAUAGAAAGGAUUUGAUAUCUUUGGUGUUUAGAGAUCCUACAAUGGAGAAAGGGACGCAUUCACGGGCAUCAUCCGGACCUUCAUAUGAGGUUUUUCUGAGUUUUCGAGGAGCAGAUACUCGUCAUGGAUUCACCGAUCAUCUUUACCAUGGCAUGGUUGAUGCCGGGAUCAUCGUCUUUAGGGACAGUGAAUCCCUCCAUGUCGGUAAGCAAAUUGGUGGUGAACUUCUACAAGCAAUUGAGAACUCCAAGAUCUACAUUCCCAUAUUCUCGGAGAAUUAUGCGUCGAGUGACUGGUGCCUCCGAGAGCUCGCAUGCAUGGUCGAGUGCACCUUGAAAUCGAAUGGGAAGAAAGAGAUUCUGCCGAUUUUCUUGGAUGUGGAACCUGCCGAUGUCAAGCUGAAAACAAACCUGUACAGACAAACUCUUUCAAAGCGCCAGAAGACGUGGUGCACUGAAGCAGAGUCAUGGGAAAAGGCUCUCAUUGAGGUGGGCAAGAUAAAGGGAUGGAACUGGCAAAAAGAUCAAGGUAACAGUUCUCCGAGCAGCUCCACCAAGCUGCUGGCCAGCCACCGCAGAAGCUCGUCCGUUAGUCGCUGCCACUUCUUUAUCGCCACCCCGACACCAAGCUGCAAGAAGCCUCCUCUGAGCCAUCCGACCCCCACCCUUUCGCUCUCUCACUCACUGAGGCGAGUCGGAUCCGGGUUUUGGACGUCUGGUCUAAUGCCACCGAGCCCAUAUCCAGCGUUGCUGACCUUGGGCGACCCCAAAUCUGGUGUCGCCCAAGGCCGAUGACAUCAUCCCCGGUAGUCGCAAGGCCAUGACCCAUGAGAUGUGGAGGAUUGAGGCAAGGUCGAGAAGGCGACGGUGAUGGCCCAGGGAGGCAAGCGACGUCAACGGGGGCGUGGCAGUGGCAGGGGCCGAUGGUGUGGUGACUGAAAUUUGGGGGAGCGGAGAUAGAUUGGGAAAAAUAUAUAUUGUUUUGGCGUAUAGAUUGUUUUGCGUACUUUCUGCAAAUUGUAGGGGCAAUUGAGUCACUUAGGGAGUAGUUUUACAACAUAAAAUUUAUCCCU